CAAAAAGCCAAAAAAAUACAAAAAUGACGAUAUUUAAGCUACUAAACUCACCGCUUUAUGUAUCCAAAGCAUCGAACAUACUUAAAAAUGGGUUUAAUAGUAAUUCGAGGUCUAUGUCUAACUACAGCAAAUUUUCCGAACACAAAAAGCUAAAUCUCAUAAGAAACAUCGGAAUUUCCGCCCAUAUUGACUCAGGGAAAACCACAUUAACAGAAAGAAUCCUUUUUUACACAGGUCGUAUCGAGUCUAUGCACGAAGUUAAAGGUAAAGACAAUGUAGGCGCUACAAUGGACUCCAUGGAACUGGAACGUCAAAGAGGCAUCACCAUACAAUCCGCGGCCACGUACACAAUGUGGAAAGAUCACAACAUCAACAUAAUCGACACACCAGGUCAUGUUGAUUUCACAGUUGAAGUUGAGAGAGCUUUAAGAGUGCUAGAUGGGGCUGUUUUAGUGUUGUGUGCUGUGGGUGGAGUGCAGAGUCAGUCAUUGACUGUCAACAGGCAGAUGAAGAGGUAUAAUGUGCCCUGUUUGGCUUUUAUAAAUAAACUUGAUAGGAUGGGGGCCAAUCCACAAAGGGUAUUGUCGCAAAUGAGAUCCAAAAUGAACCACAAUGCGGCUUUUAUACAGCUCCCCAUAGGAGUGGAAAGCAACUGUAAGGGUAUCAUAGACCUCGUCACGCAAAAAGCCGUAAUCUUUGAGGGUAGCUUUGGGGAAGAAUUAAGGUACGACGAAAUCCCGAAGGAAAUGAGAACGGAAUCGGACGAAAAAAGGCACGAAUUAAUCGAGCAUUUAUCUAACGCCGACGAAAAGUUGGGUGAAUUAUAUUUGGAGGAAAAACCUAUAAACGAAGAAGACAUUAAGGCUGCCAUUAGAAGGACCUGUUUGAAGAGAUCUUUUACGCCCGUUUUGGUGGGUACAGCGUUAAAAAAUAAGGGGGUGCAACCUUUGUUGGACGCCGUUCUCGAUUAUCUACCCAACCCAGGUGAAGUGGAGAAUUUUGCGUUGAGAGAAAAAGACGGGGAAGAACCCGAAAAGGUUUCAUUGAAUCCCGCAAGAAGUCCGGAUAAUUCUUUCGUAGCUUUGGCGUUUAAAUUGGAGGCUGGAAAAUUCGGGCAGCUAACAUACAUGAGGUGUUAUCAGGGUAUGUUGCAGAAAGGCGACACAAUCUACAAUCAAAGGACGCAGAGGAAAGUUAGGAUCGCUAGGUUGGUACGCCUGCAUUCCAACAACAUGGAGGAUGUGAACGAGGUUUAUGCCGGCGAUAUUUUUGCGUUGUUUGGUGUCGAUUGCGCCAGUGGUGACACCUUUGUAACGGACCCGAAGUCAGAUUUGUCGUUGGAAUCCAUUUUCGUCCCCGACCCGGUCGUAUCCAUGGCUAUAAACCCCGCGAAUUCCAAGGAUAGAGAUAAUUUUUCGAAAGCCAUCGCCAGGUUUACGAAAGAGGAUCCAACUUUUCACUUUUUCUUCGAUAAUGACAACAAAGAAACCAUCGUGUCAGGUAUGGGCGAGUUACAUCUGGAAAUCUACGCGCAGAGGAUGGAGCGCGAGUACAACUGCCCGGUGAGCCUGGGAAAGCCCAAGGUGGCCUUCAGGGAAACCCUGGUCUCGCCCUGCGAGUUCGACUACCUGCACAAAAAGCAGUCCGGCGGUCAAGGUCAGUACGCCCGCGUCACCGGCAUCCUGGAACCGCUACCGCCCUCCAAAAACACCGUGUUGGAGUUCGUGGACGAGACGGUGGGCACCAACGUGCCGAAGCAAUACAUCCCCGGCAUCCGCAAGGGCUAUCUGGCGAUGGCGGAAAAGGGCCUUUUGGCCGGUCAAAAGUUGUCCGGUUUGAAGUUCCGGCUGACCGAUGGUGGGCACCACAUUGUCGAUUCCAGCGAGCUUGCCUUCUUCCUUGCUGCCCAAGGCGCCAUCAAAGACGUUUUUGAGAAAGGUGUGUGGCAAAUUUUGGAACCCAUAAUGUCGGUGGAGGUGACCGCACCAGAUGAGUUUCAGGGAUCAGUUAUUGCCCAACUAAACAAAAGGCACGGCAUCGUAACCGGCAGUGAAGGUACUGAAGGUUGGUUUACCGUGUACGCCGAAGUGCCCCUUAAUGAAAUGUUCGGGUAUGCUGGCGAGUUAAGGUCCAGCACGCAAGGAAAAGGUGAAUUCACUAUGGAAUACAGCCGGUAUAUCCCAUGUUUGCCGGAAGUACAAGACAAGUUAAUCCAAGAAUACCAAAAACAAAUGGGAGUGUUACCAGAAAAAGACAAAAAGAAGAGGAAAAAUUAACUUAUAUAUUAUAUAGGUGAAAAUUUGUAAAAUAAGCUUUAAAUUUUAAUUUAUGUAUGUUAUAAUUAUUGUGAUUGAAUUAAUUGCAGAAUUUUUAUUACCUCUCUGUAAAUAUUCCUCAUAUUUUGUUGUGUAAUUUAAUUUGUUACCUGAACAAGAAAUAAAACGUUUUAUAAAGU